AUGACUAUUACUGUUUUUAAAGAUUCGAAGUUUCCGACUUCAAUCUUAUCUAUUAAAGGAACCUACGUUGCAGAUGAGCUAAGUGUUGAUCUAACAAAAACUGAUAAAUUAUCACCAUUGUUUGUAUGGAUACCAGGUAAUCCAGGUUUACUAGAAUACUACGAAGAAUUUUUAAAGUUAUUGCACGUAAAGAACCCAGAAUGGGAUAUACUGGGCAUUUCACAUGCUGGUAUGAGUAGUGGGAAUUCUAAUCUAAAAGAGAACGAGUGUUCGGUAUACACAUUAGAUGAGCAAAUUCAUCAUAAGAUUGAGAUAAUAAACAAAUUCGCUGCAUAUGGUAGGGAGUUGAUCGUGAUGGGUCACUCUGUUGGAGCUUUUAUGGCUCAAAAAGUUGUCAUGUCAAAUAAGUUGGAAGGAAAAGUUAAGAAAAUUGGAUUACUUAUGCCUACAGUAAUCGACAUACAUCUUUCUGAAAAGGGUACUCAAAUAUCUACUAUAUUAAAUUGGAUUCCCAAUUUGCCUCAACUGGCUGGUUGGGUUUCUGAAAAGAUAUUUGGAGGUUUUUUACCUAUAACUUUAGUUAAAUUUAUAAUAUCAUUUUUCAUGGAGUUAAAUAAUGAAAACAAAGCAGCACAUGCUACAUACACUUUCCUUAAAGAUUCAAAUUUUGUGGAACAAUCUUUAGGUCUAGCAAAGUAUGAAAUGCAAAUAAUUAGACAUGACUGGGAGUUCCAAAGAGAAUUGGUAAAAAUGUGCAAUGUAAAUCAAAUAGAGCUAUGGACAUUAUUCGCAGAAUCAGAUCAUUGGGUUUCGAAUCAAACUCGUUCUGAAUUAAUUGAACUCUAUAGGAAUUCAGUAAAUAGUGAUUAUUAUAGUUAUUCUAUCACUGAUCAAGUUCCUCAUGCAUUUGUAAUAAAAAAUUCCUGUCAUGUUGUAGAUAAUUACUUUUAG